UGCCCGCAUAAACACACGCCAAUAAUAAGAGCCAAUUAUCAUUGGAUUAUCUGAUUACUUUGAAGCCACGGAAUCAGUUUCUUUUGUGCGUGCCUUUAGUGCUCCCAUAGCGCAUGCGCCUCGUGGAUUCAUGGCAGCCAUGGUAACGGAGAGACGCUUCAACAUGGCGCGCGCAGGGUAGAAACGACUCUCAUGCAGCUGGUGCGUGGAUCUAUUAUAGUUCAAUGUGCUGAGAUGAACGCUUCGAUGAGACAAACGUAGCUCGAGGAUAGUGCAGAAAACAGUGCUGGUGUUGUCAUAGAUGAGAGCAUAUAUGUUGAUGUCGCUCAGGUUCACUCUAUCCCCAUUUAGUAUAUUAGCCGGACUGUUAGCCGUUAGCAUUGCAAUGGGUUCAUACUAAAUGGAAGUGUUUACGAAGCAUCUCACUGCAUAAUGGCUUUCUACGAGGUGUAUUCUCAUCCAGCUUUGAUCCGGUACAGAAGCAGCGUGUGCACUAAAGCCACGCUGUUUGCCGUGGUGGCCCUCUGCCUCACGUACAUCCCUCCUCUGCUCGUGGCCUACAGAAGCCAAGGGUUUUGGCUGAAAACGAAAACAUAUGAAGAGCAGCCAGUAGUGCGGUUCCAGUACCAGACAAUAUUGAUGGCCAGCACUAGUGCUCAGGGGGACUACGUGGCCUGGAGCACAUUUCCUCACUUCAACCACCUGGUGGGCGCCCGCUUGCGCAUCCCAUCACUGUCGGUGAGAGAGGAGGAUGACAAUCAGGAUGGGAAACUUGACCGUCUCUUGCUGGAUAUGCAGCUGCCCCUGAGAGCAGAGGAGCAACUCUACAGCCUGCAACUGCUGCUCACAUUCAACUACCAGCUCUUUCGCAUGUCAACUGUGGUCAUGCAGAGUCUGGCCUGUGUGCACUAUUCUUCUGCUGUCCCUGGGGCUCGCCUGUUCAUCAGUGGAGACUUGCGGCUACAGCAGAGGGCUCCCCUACCUCAUCGCGGCCUCUACAAUGUCUACAAUGUCUCUGUGAUUGACAGCUCCAGCCCAUUUGCAAGUGCCUAUGAGUUUGAUGACAUCAUCAGAAAGUACCAGCAGAGAAACUUGACCACCUUUCUGUCUACUGCGAUGCCUGUGUGGACGCCAGGACGAGCACCCACUGCCCCUUUUGUGCUCAGCGCCGAGAUCCACUACUCCACUGAGACGAUUACAUACUACCCUGGUUUUUGGGAAACCAUCAAAUUUGCCUGGAUCCAGUACGUGAGUGUCCUGCUGGUGUUCCUUUGGGUGCUCCAGCGCAUCCAGACCUUUGUGUUUGAGAAGCAGCUCCUGACCACUGUACCAGGGGAACCAGCCCACCACCACAAACUGCACUGAGGAGUCCUGUCACAGAGCACGUUCAGAGGGCCCAGACGGCAUCGGACUAAAUGCAUUUACAGAUACAAGCUAAAUGUGUCACAGAUGCUACUGUUUUCAUAGACCUGCUGAUGGAAGUAUUUAGACAUUUAUUUGCUAAUGAAUAGCACAUUGUUAUUUAAAGUUUUGUUUCCCACAAAUCUUUUUAAUAAAAUUCUGUUAUACACGACCAAUCAAAAGUUUGAACACACUUUUUCAUUGUUUCUUCUUUAUUUCAAUGCUUAAUUACAUUGUAAAUUCUCACUGGAGGCAUCAAAAAUAUGAAUGACAGAUGCAGAAUGUAGCGAACAAAAAAUAAACUCAAAAUGACUUGUUUUAGAUUUUAGAUUUUUAAAAGUACCCUUUGCUCUGAUCACUGUUUAACCUUUUGGCAUUUCUUGACACAGACAUGGCACAGCUGUGAAGUGAAAACCAUUUCAGGAGACUUCAUCAUGAAGCUCAGUGAGGCAGGCUUUGCAGCACUGUUGACAAAGUAAAGGGUGGAUGGAUACUUUGAGCUUUUAAAUUUUAAAUAUUUAAUAAACUUGAGUUUAACAUUUUUCUUUGCUACAUAAUGUCAUAUAUCUUACAUCAUAUAUUUGAUGUUCUCCAUAUGUGUCUACUACUCCAUUUUAAACAUAACAAAAAAACAAAAAAAAAACUGAAUGAGAGGGUUUACCCAAACCUUUGACUGGUAGUUUUAUGUCUGCCUCUUUUUGGUAAAGAAUAAAUUAUUUGUUGGGAGUCAAUUACAUCUCUUA